GGUGAACAAGAUGCAGCUACAAUUUUGCCUCAUUACCUCAAUGUCAUGGAGAAUACACCACCUCUAACAGUUAAUACCCCAGAAUCCUUUAUAACAGCCAGUAUGAAACCAGAAGACUCAAGCUCAUCUUCACCAGUAAAUGAAACUCAGAUGCUGGAUACAACAUGUGCAGGAAACAAGUCUGCUGCAAGUUCUGAAAGCUCUAUGGCUGGUAGCCCUGAUACGGAGUCACCUGUGAUAGUGAACGAAUAUGAAGCUGGUUCUGGAAAUGUAAGCCAAAAAUCUGAUGAAGAUGACUUUGUGAAAGUUGAAGACUUGCCCCUUAAACUUGCAGUAUAUUCAGAGAAACUUUUGGAGCUCAAAGUGCAUGAGAAAAACCUGAAGAUACCUGCAUUUAUAAACUUCAUGCAUACAAAUGCAUAUGGAAGACCAGCACUAAUUACCCAGAAUUCUGGAAGUGUAUAAAAAUGUAAAAUUUUUGACACACUGCCUCUUAGGAUAGGUAUGUUAACUUCUGCCUGUGGCAGUUUGAACAGCUGGAACUGAAUCAUCUUCUAUUCAGUUUUGCUGCACUUUUUUUUUUUCUGUCUUAAUCUUUUUUUUUUAUUGUGACUUGUUUUAGUAAUUUUAAAAUUGUUCAAAAUGGUAGUUUUAAAUAAAGUUUGGACUUGUCUG